UCAGUGUCGGUCCUGAAGAAGGGAUAUGUAAUCCCCUUCGACGACAGCCCGCCCCUAACAUCUACGCCUCGGGAACUGUCAGCGAGGUACAGAGACCCGUUAAUGAGAAAGACUCUCCUUCAAAUGGUGGAGCAAAUGUGGGAAAAAGAGGCCAUCGAACUUGUGCAGGAUCCACACUCCCCGGGAUUUUACAAUCGCCUUUUUCUAGUACCAAAGGCAUCGGCGGGGGGGUGGAGGCCAGUUCUGGACGUAAGCGCUCUGAAUCGCUUCGUACAGAAAAAGAAGUUUCGCAUGGAAACGUCCGCCUCUGUAAUGUCGGCUCUUCGUCCAGGAGAUUGGAUGGUCUCUCUGGACCUGCAAGACGCAUAUUUCCACGUUCCCAUUCACCAUUUGUCAAAGAAAUAUCUUCGCUUUGUAAUAGGAGACAAGAUCUUUCAGUUCAGGGCUCUGUGCUUCGGUCUGUCUACAGCCCCAUAAGUAUUCACCAACCUGAUGGCGAAUGUAGCAAGAUGGCUUCACCUAGAGGGGAUAAACAUCUCCCUCUACUUGGACGACUGGCUGAUCAGGGCCAAGUCGAAGAUUCAGUGCUUGGAGGACUUAGAAGUAACAAGGAACAUGAUAGAUUCGCUAGGGUUGCUCGUCAACCUCGAGAAGUCACAACUGAUCCCCAGCCAGAACUUGGUCUAUCUGGGGAUUCAGAUGGAUUCUCGGGGUUUUCGGGUAUAUCCUUCGCGAGAAAGAAUCGCUCGAGGUUUGUCGAGAAUCUCGAGCUUCUUAGAGAGAAAGAACAGCUCAGCGAGGGAUUACCUGAGCCUUUUAGGGACCCUGUCCUCAUUGGAAAAGUUCUUCUCGCUAGGGAGACUUCACCUUCGCCCUCUUCAGUUUUUCCUCAAAGAGGUGUGGAGUUGGAAGACGGGUCAACUCUCGGACAUCUUCCAACUUCCACAAGAUGUAAAAGAUCAUCUGAAGUGGUGGAUCCCUCCACUUCAAAAGAACGAAGGCGUAUCGCUUGCUCUGCAGAACCCAGACCAAGUGUUAUUUACCGACGCUUCGGAGUCGGGAUGGGGAGCGACGCUAGGAGCAAGGGAGGUGUCAGGCACCUGGACAAAGGAACAGGUGUCCUGGCACAUCAAUUGCAAGGAACUUGUGGCCAUACACCUAGCCUUAAAGUUCUUCGAAGAGAUAGUCAGAGACGGGGUGAUACAGAUAAACUCGGACAACACCACGGCUCUGGCUUACAUACGCAAGCAAGGAGGCACGCACUCUUUCUCCCUCUAUCAGUUGACAAGAAACCUGUUAACCUGGACGGAAGAAAGAGGCAUAUCUCUCCUCACAAGGUUUGUUCAAGGGAUCAAGAAUGUGAGAGCGGACAGACUGAGCAGGAGAAAUCAGGUCCUUCCCACAGAAUGGACUCUACACGAAGAAGUGUGUCGAAGUCUUUGGUCCCUGUGGGGGAGACCUCACAUAGACCUGUUUGCGACGUUCCUCUCCAAAAGAAUAGAGAUCUUUUGCUCUCUAGUGGAAGAUCCGAGAGCCUUCGCAAUAGACGCGUUUCUCAUGGAUUGGUCGGGUGUGGACGCAUACGCCUUUCCCCCGUUCAAAAUCCUGGGGGAAGUGCUCAGGAAGUUCGUAGCUUCGAAGAGCACGAAGUUGACACUCAUAGCCCCAUUUUGGCCAGCCCAGGAAUGGUUCACGGAGGUACUGGAGUGGAUAGUGGACUUCCCCAGAUCGCUUCCAACAGACACGAUCUACUCAGACAACCCCACUUCGAGAGGUUUCAUCACAACCUCCCAGGUCUCGCUCUGACUGCCUUUCGACUAUCGAAAGACUUGUCAGAGCGAGAGGCUUUUCUCGCAAGGCUGCGGGCUCUAUCGCUAGAGCCCGCAGAGCUUCGACGAGAAGAGUAUACCAGUCAAAGUGGGAAGUCUUUAGGAGGUGGUGUAAGGGUCAGAAGCUGUCCUCCUCCAGUACCUCUAUAGUGAAUAUUGCCGAUUUCCUCCUCUUUCUGAGAGAGGAAUCACACCUAUCUGUCUCGACAAUAAAAGGAUACAGAAGCAUGCUGUCUUCAGUAUUCAGGAAUCGAGGCCUGGACAUUGCUAACGACAAAGAUCUACACGAUCUAAUUAGAUCUUUUGAGACUUCGAAAGCAGCUACUCCUAGAACACCUAGUUGGAAUCUAGACGUGGUCCUGAAGUUCCUUUCAUCGGAUAAAUUCGAGCCUUUACAUCUGGCGUCCUUCCGCGACGUCACUAGGAAAUGCUUGUUCCUGGUGGCUCUCGCUACAGCCAAGAGGACGAGCGAAUUACACGCUCUGGAUUCCACGGUGGGGUUCAAAGGAGAUGCUGCCAUCUGUUCUUUCCAGACAAUGUUUCUGGCAAAGAACGAAAACCCGUCAAAACCUUGGCCCAGAAGUUUUGAGGUAAAAGGCCUAUCUAACCUGGUAGGCAGAGAGAUAGAGAGAUCUCUCUGUCCAGUGAGAGCUCUUAAAUACUAUUUAGAGAGGAAGAGACAGAUGGGAGCUUGUCAACAAGGUCUUUGGUGUGCGGUGAAGAACCCCAAAAGACUCAUGUCCAAGAACGCCUUGGCUUCUUUGUGAGAAGCGUUAUUACGGACGCUCACAAGAACUGCUCGGAGGAAUCCUUCGGUCUUCUAAAGGUCAAGACUCAUGAAGUGAGGGCAGUAGCAACGUCCUUGGCGUUCCAAAAGAAUAUGUCUCUAAAGAAUAUCAUUGAGACUACAUAUUGGAGGUGCAAUUCAGUGUUUGCAUCUCAUUAUCUGAAGGAUGUGAGAGUGACCUAUGAGAAGUGCUUCUCGCUAGGUCCUUUUGUAUCAGCAGAUACAGUACUGGGUCUUGGAGCAAAGACUGAUCCUUAAUUUUGUGUUUUUAUCGUACAUAAACCCUCUUGUCAGAUAUGUGCUUGGUUUUCUAUUAGCAAGCUCACUACUGUCGCACGGGAGCAGAGUGUCAUUGCUGGUAGGGGAUCAAGGGUAUGUAUGACUAGUAGGGGAGUACAAAAUUUUUUUUGUAUAUUUUGUAAUGAAAGUGUAAUUAUGUUUCGAGUUUUUGGUUGUUUGUAAGGAGUUCGGGGAUAACUCCUUACAAUCUUAGAACUAACAUGGAUGUUAGGAUCAGGUGAUCGGGAUCGGUUUUGUGCUCCUUGAACAAGGUGUAUUGUCAUGUUAGUGGAAUAGCACCCAAUGACAAAGGCCUUUAGGCUCUGCCGAGUAAGUGGAUAAGACCCAUUGGCAGACCCACAAGAACUCUUAGCCAUAGAUCAAUAUCUCGCUGAGGCUCUUGAGGCUAAGCAGACUCCAAGGCAGUAGCCGCGAAGUCUUCAGCCUAAUAAGGUAGGAACCAAGGUUUAUUAAUACCUACAACAUAUGUUGUUUACCUGUCUAUUUCAGUUGUUAGCUGUCUCUUACCCACCACCAAUGGGUGCUAAUCAGCUAAGUAUAUAUCUGGCAGGGAAGUUGAAUGUAUAAAAAUGAUAUUGUCAUGUUACAAUAAAGUUUUAUACAUACUUACCUGACAGAUAUAUACGAUUAAUGGCCCACCCAGCCUCCCCGCAGGAGACAGGUGGAAGAGAAGAAUUCUGAUUAGAAAACGGGGAUGGUUCCUAGUCCUGCCACCCAGGGCAGGGCGGUAGAUCACCUGACCUACCUGUAGC